AUGAUGAUCUCCAAACCCAUCAAAGGUACCUUGGUAUUUUUCUGCGGCAAGAUGGGGGCUGGAAAGUCUACACUCUCGCGUCAGAUAGCAAAGGAACGUCGAGCUGUGCUGCUUUCCGAAGAUGAAUGGCUGGCAUCCGUCUACGGACCGGAUCGCAUCACUUCCCUUACCGACUACAUCGAACAUUCCAAUCGACUCAAACCGCCGAUGAAAAAGUUGGUGCAAUCGAUCCUGGACGCUGGCACAGACGUAGUAAUGGAUUAUCCAGCCAACACCAUUGCUCAACGAAAGUGGUUCCAAGGAAUUUUCUCAGAAGUAUCGGCCGCACACGAUUUGAUGUACCUGGACGUGGAAGACAGCUUGUGCUUGAAACGGAUUGCAAAGCGAAGAAGGGAGGAACCUGAACGAGCCAAAACUGAUACCCCGGAGAUGUUUGCCCAAGUGACCAAGUAUUUUGAGCCUCCAACGGAAGAUGAGGGAUUCACCAUCACUUGGGUCAACAAUUGAAACGAGUCUUCAGGGAAAAAGAGUAAAACUAGAUUUGUGUCAAGCCCGUUCUUAGCGACAUUAUGUUCAAUCCCAUUUGCAAAGCUCUUGAGACAAUUGCUUCUCUUUUCCUUUUGUGAACGUAGCUUUAGGUGCAACUUUAAGUUUUGAAGUCCAGGA